CUUUGCCACUACCACUCACCACGUGGAUCGGUUGCCAGACAGUCGAGCGUCGUCGGUGCCGUUUCUACUGCCACCACCACUCUCGAUCCACUGAGACCAUUCGUUGAUCGUCCAAGUCGUGCCUCGUCUAUCACACGGGUUAAGCCCGCCACACACCACCACCUGUAUUAUAUCCGCGACCGUAUAACACACGCGCACAAGAAUUCGUAAAAUAUUAUAUAUCCAUUAAUAAGACUCGAGAGUACUGAACGGACUGCAAACGGACUUCAGAGUCCGAUCGUCCGCGACCGCUGCAGAUCGCGCGGAGGACAUGGACAGGGCAAGAGAACCGGAAAAGACGUCCGGGUCCGUCGCUAACCGUGUGGUUGACGAAUAUGGACCGUUGGCUGUGGACAAGAGCGGUACAUCUGACCGCGGGCCGUCCGCGAACGCCGCAGACAGGACGAUGGAAAAACGAGGGACCACCGGAGACGGCGGACCGGAAGUGAACGACGAGAACGGAAACGAUUCGGACAUGCCGCGCGACGAGUUGGACGACUCAGUGGUUAGCGAAGGGCGGAGCAAGAUAUUCCGGCUGGAAGGUGCGGUUUAUUCCAUCGGUUCAGGUUGGUGAACACUUUUGUAUUAAACAAUAAUUUCAGCAACAUCCACCCAUAUACUAUGACAAAAAAAAAACUGCUAAUAGUAAGUAGCUUGAUUAUUCAACAGACUCAUUGUAAAUUAAUGAUUUCCAUUAUGGUAAUACGCAAUAUCACAUCACACGUUCGACUGAC